UUGAAAGCAGAAUACAGAGCCCAUUCGCUUCUCUGUGGACACGUAGAAUAGAAAUUUUAUUCUCAAAAGACAGUGUACACGUCGAACUUGUCGUCGUUCUUGGCUCGCACACGUAGCAAUCGUGCACAUGCCGCACGGCCGCUAGAGAACAAGCCUUCUUCGCCCACGAACACACCCUCAGCCGGCUUCUCCGUUCCCCACUGGCCACCGGCGACCCGAUGCGGCCAUAGCAACCGCCCAAGAUAGCUGAUUAGUUAGUUGAUGGCGGCGGCCACCAGGUGCGCCCCGGCGCCCGCGGCAGCCCCACGGCCCCGGUCCCGGCACCGGCUGCGGUGCCGCUGCUGUGAGGACACGCUGGGCGUCCCCCGCCGCCGCGCGCAGGCGUCGUCUGGAGCGCGGGAGCAGGAGCAGCAGCACUACUUCCCGGAGCUCCGCCCGCUGCCGUACCCGGCGCCGCCGCCCCGUCCGCGGCGCAUCGUGCUGGUGCGGCACGGGCAGAGCGAGGGGAACGUGGACGAGGGCGCCUACACGCGCGUUCCUGACCCGCUCAUCGGCCUCACCACCAAGGGCCACCGCCAAGCCGAGGACUGCGGCCGCCGCCUGCACCGCCUCCUCUCCUCCGGCCACGACGACGACGACGAUUACGACGACUGGAAGGUCUACUUCUACGUGUCCCCGUACCGGCGCACCCUCGAGACGCUCCGCGGGGUCGGCCGCGCCUUCGACGCCCGCCGCAUCGCCGGCGUCCGCGAGGAGCCCCGCAUCCGCGAGCAGGACUUCGGGAACUUCCAGGACCGGGAGAAGAUGCGGGUGGAGAAGGAGGCGCGGCGGCGGUACGGGCGCUUCUUCUACCGGUUCCCGGACGGCGAGUCGGCCGCGGACGUGUACGACCGGAUCACGGGGUUCCGGGAGACCCUCCGCGCCGACAUCGACAUCGGCCGGUUCCAGCCGCCGUCGCCGCCGGGCGGGCCGACGGCGCCGGAGAUGAACCUGGUGCUGGUGUCGCACGGGCUGACGCUGCGGGUGUUCCUGAUGCGGUGGUACAAGUGGACGGUGCGGCAGUUCGAGGGCCUGGCGAACCUGGACAACGGCGGCACGCUGGUGAUGCAGACCGGCGAGGGCGGCCGGUACAGCCUGCUGGUCCACCACACCGUGGACGAGCUCAGGGAGUUCGGGCUCACCGACGAGAUGAUCGACGACCAGAUGUGGCAGCGGACGGCAAGGCCCGGCGAGCUCAACUACAACUUCAUCACCAACGGCCCCUCCUUCUUCACGCAUUUCAGUUAGGAGAUUAACUGGACCUGAUAUUCUCGGUAUACCUGUAUGUGAAGGAUUUGUAAAUUCACGCUUCGGUUUAGGAAAUACCGUACUUACGUACUCCUACUAUAUUAAUUUCAACUUCAAAAUGGGUCUUUGGACGCAAAGUUUAUAUCGAUCACUCCGCUGCUUCUUUUUCGCAGGGCGGUGCAGAACA